AGCAGGGAAUUUUGAUACAACACAGAGGGAUGUGUUGUUGUUUGGUCAUUGAUAUAUUUUGGCUCCAAACUGUCUAGACGAGUAGUUAGUAACAUAUAAUGAUCGACAAUUGUAUGCAAGUGAAUCUUCCACCGUACUUUGUAUUCCAAUCUUCUUAGAUUGGCACGGGACACAAUGGAACAUGACAGAAGACCUCCAGAUCCAUACCUUAAUGGCUUGCAGAGGGGGCUUCCAGUCGAUCAGUUGGACAAGAAGAAAAGAAACUAUAAACUUGUUAUUGACCCCUUUCUCCAUCGAGGUCAGCAACAGAAAGUCUACAGAAUUGAUGGCGUGAUUCCUGGGGAAAAUCGGUCGAUUGAGCUCCGUGAUCCCCGAUCCCGAUUCCAGAGGAUAUGGAGUAGGAAGGAAGUGGCAGAUUUGCCAGUACCAAGGUUUAAGUAUGACUGCUACUAUGUUGGAACACCGCCUGCUAAGGAAAUCACUUUCAGAAAUCUUAAUGAUAACAUCAAUAAGGACUUCCUGGAAAACAUGUGCAAAACCUUUGGGAAGAUUGAAGAAUGCAAAAUCUACUACCACCCCAGGACAAAGAAGCACAUGGGCAUUGGCAAGGUCAUGUUUACAUCUUCCAAAGCAGCUCGCACGUGUGCAGAGAAGCUGAACCAGACAUCUCAAAUGGGCAACAUCAUCACAGUUGUCAUAGACACCAUGGGGCGGGAGCGAUCUCGGAUCAUUGAAGAGAUGCUGGUGGAACCCAAGCAACGCCUGGAUAAACAGAUGAGUCAUGGUCAUAAACCCUUCCGAAAUGACUUCCCGAAGAAGCAUGACGCAUAUGACCCAGGCGAUAACGAGUUCCCUCCACGCCACCCACCUCCGCCUCCGUAUGACCAUCCUCUGUUCAGUGAAGGCGGACACUCUGUUCCUAAGUCUGAUGUUAGUUACUCCAGCCAUUCAGACCUGGGUUAUGCUUCGGGCACAUCUUCAGUAAACUAUGGUGAUGCUUAUAACCAUACCCCUUUCCCAACUGGGAAUAAGUAUGACAUUCAGCAUUUCAAUGUUCCACAGACUGGGGACUUUAACUAUGGCAUUCAGCCUCCGUUUGGGAAUCAUCAUCCACCAGCACAUCCACCAGCUCAUCCACCAGCUCAUCCACCAGCACAUCCACCAGCUCAUCCACCAGUUCAAGAUGGAUUUCCAGGCAUCCCUCAUUUUGAUCCGACUAGACCUCCGCCUCCUUUGCAUACAGCCCAGCCUCCGAUUCAGGAGGAAUCGUUCCCUUCACAUAGUUCAACAGAUUACCAUGAUAAGAACAGCAGGAGUUGGGGGAAGCCGAGAGGGGAAGAUAAAAAGUGGGAGAGAGACAAAGAUCGGGAUCGGGAUCGGGAUCGAGAUCGGGACAAAAACAGAGACUGGAAACGUGACAGGGAUCGGGAUCACAGAGACCGUGAUCGGAAUCGUGAGCGGGACAGGGAUAGGGAUCAUCAUAGAGGGCGUGACAGGGACCGAGACCGGCAUAGAGACUAUGACCGGGAUUAUGAGAGAGACCAGAGAGACCAUGAUAGAGAUUAUGAGAGGGAGAGAGACCACGAGAGAAGGGGCAAGGGUAGGGAGAGAGAGGAAAAGAAGCCAAAAGAAAGAAUAGAAAAACCAGUAAGACCAAAGACACCAGAAGCUGAAGAGGAACCGAGAACAAUGAGUCUUGAUUCUCGCAUCCAGAAACUCCUUACAGGGUUUGUAGACGAGGAGCCUCCACCGGAACCAGCAAAGACUAAGAAAAGUGAGUUGUCACCAGUUAGUGACCGCAGCUGGGAUCCCUCCUCUGGUACUCCUGGUGCAUCAACGCAAGACACCAACUCAUGGCCCACACCAAGCCAUCACACCCCAGGAGACAACUCUUGGUCAACGCCUCACUCACAUCAGCAAACCCCUGCAGAAGGAACAUGGCCGAAACCUGGUGCUCACCAAGAUGCAUGGCCGUUGGGGAAUCAUAACUUCCGAAACAAUGACGCCCAAGGAAAGUUCCCGGCUUCCAAAGAAGUCAAUGCAGAAUCUGCGAAACAGGCAUCUCCUGCAGGAGAGACAAGUGAUAUGGAGGUUGAUGAUGAUGACGAUGACAAAAUGUCUCUCUCCUCCAUCAGCAGUGGUGAACAGAAGCUUGAAAUCAACCCACAAACGAACUCUACCCAGGCCCAGCAAGGGUCUUCCACAUCUUUCAUGCAAUCAGCAUCCACAUUGUCAUCUUUCAACCCAACAGCAUCUGUGUAUGGUCAGGGUCUGUCCAAUAUGAAUCCGUGGCCAGGUUAUGCCACCUACCCACCCAAUGCGAACAAUAUGUUUAAUCCAACAUACAAUCAGAGCUACUAUGGUUAUCAGAACGGUGUGAGUGGCACUUCAGACUUUAUAGAAAGUGCGGACAAGCUGCCUGUUGAUGAGACCAUGUUUGCCAAGGUGCUCAAUAGUUUUGUGAAGGAACUGAAAGAGGUGAUGCAAAAAGACUUGUGUAAAAAGAUGGUUGUCAGCUCAGCAUUCAAGUCCUUCGAAACAUGGUGGGACAAGGAAACAGAGAAAACGAAGCCUACAAAGUCUUUACCAAGUGUUGAAAAGACAAUUAAGCCAACACCAGCUCCAGCACCAACUACAAGUCAGAAUGCCAUGAGUUCAACAAUAGCCUCACUCUUCGAGUCCAAACCUUCUUGGUCUCGAGAUGGAGGCAUGGACAGUGGUUUUGGUGGGUUUAAUCGCAGCUUCGGCAGCGGAGGGCUUCUUGGUAUUCGAGGAGGAAUGCCUAAGAUGCCAUCAUUCAAGAAAAAGUUCCGUCCUCCCUCCCCUCCACCAGAAGAAGGCCAUACCUCGAAACAUGAAGAGGAAGAGGCGUGGUCAGAUGGAGAGGCAAGUCAGUCUCCAACACGGACGUCACGGAAGCCAGUGGUCAGUGAUAGCGAGGAUGAAUCAGAUGAUGAAGAGGCAGACAAGACUCAAUCUGGAGAUGAGGAUGAAGAUGAAGAAGAGAGUGGGGACAGCAGUGACGAGGAAGACAGUGAUGAGGAUGAAGAUGACGAUAGUGAUGAUGAUGAGGACGAGGAGAGUGAAAGCGAAGAGGAGGAUGUUGAUAUUGAGACUGAGUCAGACAUUGACCUCCUCAAAAAAGACAAGCCCUCGGUAAGCAGCACUGAAGAGGUGGAGCUGAAAGCAAAGGAAGACGCUCGGCCUCUGUCUCCAAUCAGGGAAGAAAAGGAAGAUGAAGAGAAAGAAGAAGGAGAAGUUAGUGAUAAGGAGGAGGAGGAAGAGGAAACGAUGGAAGCCGGAGAACCUCUACAGAAACCAACCGCAACAAAUGCCAAGGAAGAAGAGAAGGUGUCAGAGGUCAAACCCUCUUCUCCACCGCAUCCCUCUUCUCCAAAGAAGGUUCCAACUCCUCUGCCCAUCACAAAGCCAUCCAAACCAUCAGCAGAGGCGCCUGAGUUAGCCAAGCUAAUUCAGAAGACAUUAAGUCCUGAUUCCAAGGUGCUAGAGGGGAAGAAUGAUGUGGCUGAGAAGGAGGAAGAUAUUCCUCCUCCUGUCGGCAAUGAGGAAACGCUCUCACUCCCUCGGUCCGAGGACGAUGGAGAUCGGCGUCCUUACAUCAAUCCUGCUAUUGCAGAACAUGACUAUUUUGCAGCUCCCCCACCUGUGGCAGAUGAGGCCGAUUCAGAUGCCACAGCCUCUGCUGAUGAGGAAUCUGCCGGUCUGUCCCGUGAAGUGUGGAUGGACCACAGUUACUGUCUCCCCCCAGCCAAGUUUGAAUUGCCGGAGAUAGAUGUCCCGGAGGGUAGAGAGAGUGAUGAAAGGACUAGUGCUGUGUCUAAAGUGUCAAAGGUCAAAGACAAAAGUGUGUCAGAUGCCGGUGAAUCCGACAUUUCGUCCGAUUCUCCGGCAAAGAAGAAAAGCAAACAAAAAGAGCCAAAAAAGCGUUCGAAAAAGAAAGAUGCAUUGGCAGACAUUACAGCAACCCUCAACAGUCGAGGGAGUCGUGAAUUAUCCAGUAUUUUACCACCUCCCAAACCAAAAGUGUCAUUUAGUCCUAGGUCUUAUGAAGAUGAAAGGCAAAAGUUUUUCGAAAUGUACCAUAACGGUAUGGAUGAAGAAGACAUUCAGUAUUUGAAACGGACAUAUGAAGACUUGAUGUCAUCCGAUGAUCCUAUGUUUUACUGGAUUAACGACAUUUUGUGGGUUGAUCAUCCCGUCACAAAUAUUCCAGAUCCAUCACCGUCAAAGAAACGGCGGAAAACAGACGAAGCACAAUACAAAACAAAAAUAUCAGGCUGUGCCAGGACAGAUGGCUACUACAAGUUGUCGAUGGAGGAGAAGGCUCAGUACCUGUCGAAUGGUCCUAAUGCCAAGAUGCAGCAGAAGGUUGCUGACAGCAUCAACCAGACACUGGCUGAACAGGCUAAGAAGAACAUGGUGUCGUCUCGGGAAGCAAGGAGUGAAAACAGAAGGUUACAGACAGCUCUCUCUGAUUUCUCCGACCAGAUGGGAAUGUCGGACUUGUUUAAAUUCAAUCAACUUAAGUUCCGAAAGAAGCAUCUGAGGUUUGCAAAGAGCUCCAUUCACGACUGGGGACUGUUUGCUCUGGAGCCUAUUGCAGCCGACGAAAUGGUCAUCGAAUAUGUGGGGCAGGUUGUUCGUCAGUCGAUGGCCGACCUACGUGAGAAGCAGUAUGAGAACAUCGGUAUCGGCAGCAGCUAUUUGUUCCGGGUCGACGGAGAGACCAUUAUUGACGCCACCAAGUGCGGCAACCUCGCCAGAUUCAUCAAUCACAGCUGCAAUCCCAACUGCUAUGCAAAGAUCAUCACUGUAGAUACUCAAAAGAAAAUUGUAAUCUAUUCUAAAAGAGACAUUGAUGUGAAUGAGGAAAUCACAUAUGACUACAAGUUUCCCAUUGAGGAUGAGAAAAUUCCCUGUCUCUGUGGCGCUGUUGGCUGUAGGGGCACUCUCAACUGAUGGAACAGCCAGGUAUUCUGGGAUGUGUUCAAUAGGUGGUACAGCCUUAUAUCGAAAUGAUUGAUCUGUGAUAUGGCAUAUGCUGGGGUUUGACCAAAAAGGAAAACAUGGCUUCUCAUGGUGGCCUUUCCCAUGUGCUAAAAGGGUCUUUCCCCAUGUGCUUCAAUUGCCUCUCAAUUGUGCUUCGUGGGUCGGCCUGGUGUGUGUGAUGGCAGAACAACAGGUUGUACAAGGUGAAGGUUGGAUAUGCAGAAAGAAGCAGGGAUAGCCACUGGCCAAGAUACCAUACAGUCAGCCCUCUUGAUGCUUGGUCUGUGUGUCGAGCACAGAGACACUACUUGACUCUGCAGACUGCUGAGAACGAGCAUA